GCACUUUUAUAACAAGUGCUGUGUGAGCGUGGACACCUUGACGGAAGAGGAAGCCCUGGAACCAAAUGGAGAGCAACUUGCCCAGAGCUCCGAUCGGAGCAGGUGGCCAGCAGCGGGCGGCGGGGGCCCCUGCCGGGGGUCUGCAGCCGCUACCUGAGGUGGCCGAGCCCGAAGACCUGAACAAUGGGAAGGGAACCCAGAGCCAACCCAAACACCCUGCAAGAGCAAGAGAUGGAAAUGAGGCGCACUCAUUGGACAGCUCGCCGUCCUCCUCGGACAGCGAGGACGAGGCUCGGGGCAAGAGAGACAAGAGGAAGAAAAAGCUGAAAAAGAAGAGGAGGAAGAAGAAGAAGAAGGAUUCCAGCUCAUCGUCUUCCUCCUCCUCCUCCUCCUCCUCCUCUUCCUCCUCCUCUUCAGAGAGUGACAGCGAGGAUGACAAGAAGAAGAAGAAAAAGAAGAAGAACGAAGAAGGGCAGAAAGAGUAUGACCGGGACAAUGUCGUCAUAUGUAGUGCUGGUGGCCAAAUGGAGCAGCAGGAUGCAGGAGGUGUGAAGAUGAGCCAGGAUUUCAACUCCUCAGACGAUGAAGAUGACGAGAAGAAGGAGAAAAAGCAGCAGCAGAAGAAGAAGAAGAAGGACAAGAAGAAGGAUUCGUCCUCUUCCUCCUCCGACAGUGAGGACGAGAAGAAGAAGAAGAAGAAGAAGAAAAAGAUGAAGAAGAAGGACUCAAGCUCCUCUUCCUCAGAUAGCUCUUCAUCAUCCUCUGACAGCAAGGAUGACAAGAAGAAAAAGAAGAAGAAGAAGAAGAAAGAGGAGAAAAGGGAUUGCAGCUCCUCGUCUUCAUCCUCAUCUUCGGACAGUGAUAAAGAUGAGAAGAAGAAGAAGAAGAAGAAGAAAAAAGACAAGAAAAACAAAAAGAAGAAGGACAAGAAAAACGACGAAGAGCAGAAGGAGCUGUGCGGUGGUGCAGCGCUCCCCGCUUCUGGUGGUGAGACUGCGGGACCAUGUGCUGAUGGAGAGAAAAAGAAAGAGGACUCUGCUGACAAGGUCAAGAAGGAGCUUAAAGAGGAAGGAAGAGCAAAGGCGAUCCCUUGGGGAGGUGAGGAAGGCCACCUGAGUGAUGACGAGGAGGAAGGAGAGGACCAGAAGGAAAAGAGGAAGAAGAAGAUGUUGAAGAGGAAGAAGGACAAGGGUUCCGGCUCUUCAUCAGAAAGUGAUGAGGAUGAUGACAAGAAGAAGAAGAAGAAGAAGAAAAAGAAGAAGGAAAAGGACUCCUCCAGCUCCUCCUCUUCUUCAUCGGAUAGCUGCUCCUCAGAUAGUGAAGAUGAGAAGAAGAAGAAAAAGAAGAAGGUGAAAAAGAAGAAGAAGAAGAAGGAUUCUGGAUCCUCGUCAUCUUCUUCAUCCUCUGACAGCGAAGAGGACAAGAAGAAGAAAAAGAAGAAGAAGAAAAAGAAGAAGAAGAAGAAGAAAAAGAAGAAGAAGAAGACAACAAAGAAGAAGGAUAAGGACUCCUCCUCUUCUUCAUCCUCUGAUAGUGAAGAGGACAAGAAGAAGAAAAAGAAAAAGAAGAAGACAAAGAAGAAGAAGAAGGACUCUUCUUCAUCUGACAGCGACGAGGACAAAAAAAAGAAGAAGAAGAAGAAGAAGACGACAAAGAAGAAGAAGGAUAAGGAUUCCAGCCUUUCCUCUGAUAGUGAAGAUGAAAAGAAGAAAAAGAAGAAGAAGAAGAAGAAGGAGAAGUCCUGCUCUUCCUCUGAUAGUGAUGACGACAAGAAGAAGAAGAAAAAGAAAGAUAAGAAAAAAAAGAAGGAUAAGAAAAAAAAGAAGGGUUCGUCUCAUGGAUCGUCCAGCGAUUCAUCGAGUGAUGAUGACAAGAAGAAGAAGAAGAAGAAAGAUAAGAAGAAAAAGAAAGACAAGAAGAAGAAGAAGGACUCCGGUUCUUCUAGCAGUGGUGAUGACAAAAAGAAGAAGGACAAGAAGAAGAAAAAGAAGGACAAAAAGAAGGACUCAAAGUCCGGUUCAUCGGGUCCAUCGGACGGCAGUGACAAGGAGAAUAAAAAGGACAAGAAGGACAAGAAGAAGAGUUCUGGUUCAUCAGGAAGUGAAACUGACGAUAAGAAAAAGAGGCAAUGCCCUGAUGGCGAGCGAGGCGGCGAGCCCGGAUCGCAGGAACCCGGCGCCGGUCGGGGCGGUCUUUCAGCUCCCGGUGGCAGCUGCUCCUCACCUGCCCCCGGCGUCUCCUACGUGUCCCUCCCCUCCAAACCUGUUGUGAAGAUGGUUCCUCUGGGUCCAUCAACUCUCUCCCAGCCCUCUGUCCCCGCCUCUUCUGUCCCCGCCUCUUCUGUCCCCGCCUCUUCUGUCCCCGCCUCCUCUGUCCCCGCCUCCUCUGCCCCCGUCUCCUCUGCCCCCGUCUCCUCUGCCCCCGCCUCCUCUGCCCCCGCCUCCUCUGCCCCUGCCUCUUCUGUCCCUGGGUCCUUUGUCCCUGGGUUCUCAGUCCAUGGGUCCCCUGGGUCCUCUGUCCCCGCCUCCUCUGCCCCCGCCUCUUUUGUCCCUGGGUCCUUUGUCCCUGGCUCCUAUGUCCCUAGGUCCUCGGUCCAUGGGUCCUCUGGGUCCUCUGUCCCUGGCUCCUCGAGUGUCGGAGACAGGGCCCCCGUCCGUAGGCCUCCCAGCCCCAUGGAGUCACUGAUGGGGAGCCCGAGGCGCUAUGGCUCCUCCUAUCUCAGCUCAAGUGACCUAUUGAAAGGGCCCAAGCCGUACCAAUAAUGAGAUGGAUCAAAAUAUCUUGUAUUUUCCCUGGAAGCUGCUGGAUAAAAAUGUCCAAGUUGAGUAACAUGGAAAAUCACGUUUGCGUUUUUAAUCAAUAAAGCGCACAUGUGUAAUAAUAAUAAUAAAACCAUUCGAUGUGUCACGUC